AUGACCAACCUCAAGCGGACGCUGCUGGCGCUGGCGCCGUACGGGGCGCCAAUGGGCCUCGCCAUCAUCCUCUGCGUUGGCCUCGGGCUCGGGUUUGCGCUCGACGCCAACGCCAACGUGCCAUCGCCGUACAACCGCAUCUCGUCGGUCCUGGGCUGGAUGUACUUUGCGUCCUGGAGCUUGACGUUUUGGCCGCAGAUUUUCGUCAAUUGGCGCCGACAGAGCGUCGUGGGCAUGGCCAUCGACUUUCAAGUGUACAACGUGCCGGGGUUCGUCGGGUACGCGAUCUACAAUGCGUGUUUUUACUGGAACGCAAGCGUCCAAGACGACUACAAGGCGCUCCACGGCGGCCACCCCAACAACGUGCAGAUCAACGACGUUUUUUUUGCGCUCCACGCACUCGCGGCGACGCUCAUUACGCUCUACCAGUGCGCCGUGUACGACCGCGGAAAUCAAGGCGUCUCAACGACGUGCUGGGUGCUCACGUCGGCAUCGAUUUGCGUUUGCGCCGCCUUUUACGCCCUUGUCGUCGCCUACAUCAAGCUCGGCGUGACGCUCAUCAAGUACACGCCUCAAGUGUACCUCAACUACACGCGCGAGUCGACGGACGGCUACUCGAUCUGGGGCGUGCUCUACGACGUCCUUGGCGGCCUCCUCUCGAUCGGACAGACAGUGAUGGACAGCGCGACGACCGACGACUGGAGCGCGAUCACGGGCAACCCGGUGAAAUUUGCAUUGGGGCUCGUGGUUGUAUUUUACGACCUCGUGUUCAUGACGCAGCACUAUGUGCUGUAUCCGUGCGGUGACGCGGUCGACGAGAUGGUGUCGCUCCUGAAGAAAACCCGCCGCAGCUCGCUCUCGGCAAUCCAAGAGACGACCUUUUUGAUCCACGUCUAG